AUGAUGGCUUCUGCUGAAUACCAACAACAACAAAACUAUAUGGCUUCAUCCUUAGACUAUACUACUUCUCUGCGCUGGGCUCUUGGCUUCAUUAUAGUACUAAGUGCUGCACAUUUCAUCUUUCGGACUACUCUUAAAAAGUAUUUUGACGAACAGAUGAAAUCACUUUAUAUUCUUUUCUUCAAUGAUGAUAUCAUCUCGAAUUGCUCAGCACGGGCAAUUGUGGAACAUCACUUGCAUGACUAUAUUGACAGAUAUUAUUCGCCAGAAGUCAUUAAUGAAUAUAUUGAACGGAUGAAACCAUUAGAUGGUCCUAUUAAGAAGUCAGAUGAUUCGACACAUCACUCAGAUCAAUUGUAA